AUGCCGACUAUGAAGCGUUUUCUUGGUGGUUUGAGCCGGCGACCGAGUUCAUUAAGCCCCAGUGAUAGUCGCAGUGUCAAUAACGACGGCCCUGAGCGAACGGACAAUUCUUCGGAGGAGACACUGGCUCGCGAAAUCAAAACCUUCGUCGAGUCCAGUAAUAGCCCCGAGUCCCGUGGCAAUGAGUUCGUUCACCUCCCCCGUAUUGUCGAACUCGCCGAGUCGAACCCAGGCGCAGCAAAGGAGGCUGCUGUCUACAUCCGCAAAUACCUGAGUACCCCGUCCAGCUCACCCAGCCAUGUCCAAUAUAAUGCGAUCAUGCUUAUGCGUAUCCUGAUCGACAACCCUGGCGACAGCUUCACCCGCAAUAUUGACUCCAAGUUCACGGGAAAUGUCAAAGAUCUGCUCCGCUAUGGCCGGGACUACUACGUCCAAAAUUAUCUGCGACAGUAUCUGACGCAACUUGAAACCACGCAUGGGUCGGACGAGCACCUCAUACCGCUGAUCCGCAUGUGGCAGACUGAGAAAACAAAGGGACAGAAGUCAUUCCUCACACCAAGUCCUCUACAGAUCAACCGCUUCCCACAAGCCUCCGACAACCCCCAACACCAGCAGCGCGGAAACUCUCAGAGCCCAAGCCGCAGCCGCCCACGCCCCCGCGACCUCCCCGAGGCAAGUGAACUCGCCGCACGUCUAGAAGAAGCGCGAAACUCGGCCAAGCUGCUUACGCAGUUUGUCCAGACAACCACCGCCGCCGAGAUGGAAAAUAACGAGCUGAUCAAGGAGUUUACGGACCGCUGCCGUACGUCCUCGCGCCUAAUCCACGGGUAUAUCGAUGCUACGAACCCCUCUCCCGACGAAGAUACCCUCCUCACCUUGAUCGAGACCAAUGACGAGAUCACCGUCGCCCUGUCGCAGCAACAGCGCGCCUUGCUCCGUGCCCGGAAGGCCCGUGGUGGCGCCAUGCCGAAUAUCUCCAGCGUUGCUACGAGCCCGGCCUCGGACCCCGACAGCGCAGCACCUCUGGCUGCGGGUGCGUACAGCGGUUCUAGCUACCCAGAGGAGUCCGUUAGCCCUGUCAGCACCAUGGGCUCGCUGAAUGACCGCGCCCCCACUCAAUCAAUCCAGCGCAAGCCAUUGACGGAGAUCAAUGAGACCGCUACCGAGGGUCGUGGGAAUGCGUCCCAAGCAAGGUAUGAACCGGUAGAGUAUAAUUCCGCAGACUUUGCCGUGCAAAAUCCCUUUGCCGAUGACUACGAGGAGCACGAGGAGAUCCCGUAUAAGCCUACCGAGGUGGGGAGAAUCGGGGCGCAGCGCAGCAGG